AUGGACGAGACUGGAGCAACCCAAAGAUCCGUGAGGCAUCCAAUCAACACAAGAGAAACCAAGACUACGGAACGAGAGAUAAAAAAUAAUGUUUUAUCUGUUCAAAAAUUUAUUAAAGUAGCUAAAGAUAUUAAUCGAGAUUUUGGUAAGUAUGGAGACGAAAGAUGCAAUCAGCUUUUGCGUCAAGAAUUAGAGUUGACUUCAGAAAUUUGGCUUCCCAAUAAAUAA